GUCCCUUGAUGAGUGCAAGAUCUGGGUUAUCCAUUCUCAAGGUGGUUACCCAGGAUUGUGCUAUGCUGUGGGCGAUCCACAGAAUCCAAAGCACUUGUACGGCCGCCAGCAGUAUCUGCUCAGGAACCAGUGGGAUGACAGAGGGAUCGAGUAUUGGUACGCUGACGCAUGUGUAAAUGGCGUGUUGGACGUCACGGAUCCCGAGCAGGAUGAAGCCUAUUGUGCCACAGCAAAGAAGCAAGCGGACUGCCUCAAUUGGCCGCCUAUGCCAGUCUUCGCACAUGAGAUGCAGGCCAUGGUGUUGAAGCUGGUGUUGCCCACCGUCAUGCGGAUUGAUGAAUCUCACAGUGCGGACGGGCGCAGCCUGGAGGAUCUUGGUUACACCUACGGCGAGGAUGUCGAGAUGCCGCCCGAGGCGGACAAGAACGGCGGUGAAGUGCGCGUUUGGCGCAAUGAGCUGCUGGGCAUGGACAGGACGACGAAGCUGCGGCAGUUCAAAGCUUUGCAGCUGCUGUCAGCAGACGCAAUGUGA